AGAAAAUUUAAAAUUAUAUUACUCGAAAUGUUAUUAAUUUGGUUCCCGACAAAUAUUUGUCGCUGUCACUGCGAAAAUUGAAUUCUUCUCUCUCUAAAACGUAGAAAAAAAUUAUACUUAUAUAUAUAUAUGUACAAUGCUGCAGUUCUUCUCCACAGCACAAAGUGCGUAUCCAUCUCUCUUCUCCUCUCACUAAAAUGAAGGGAUCUUCGGUCUUAAUCUUCCUAAACCUCGUCAUCAUUUUUGCUUACGCUUCUGCGCAGAAUCAAAAUGUGUACGACUCGUUUGUCCAGUGCUUCUCGGAAACGAAAAUCCCAGAAUCCGAGAUAACGAAAAUAGUGUACAGCCCAAACAGCCCCUUGUUCACGAAUGUUCUAGAAUCCUACAUCAGAAACCGCCGCUUCAACGUCUCGACCACCCCGAAGCCCAGCGUCAUCGUCACCCCGACCUCGGCGGCCCAAGUCAGCGCCGCCGUCGUCUGCGUGAGGAAGCUCGGCGUCCAGCUCAAGAUCCGCAGCGGCGGCCACGACUACGAGGGCACCUCCUACGUCUCCGACGUCGCCUUCGUCAUCCUCGACAUGUUCAACUUCCGAAACGUCGACGUCGACAUCGCCGACGAGUCCGCGUGGGUGGAGUCCGGCGCCUACCUCGGCGAGCUCUACUACAGAAUCUGGGAGAAGAGCAAAGUCCACGCCUUCCCCGCCGGCAUCUGCCCCACCGUCGCCGCCGGCGGCCACAUCAGCGGCGCCGGGUACGGCAACAUGCUGCGGAAGCACGGCCUCACCGUGGACCACCUCGUCGACGCGAAGAUCGUCGUCGCCGACGGGAGAAUCCUCGACCGGAAAUCCAUGGGGGAGGAUCUCUUCUGGGCCAUCCGCGGCGGCGGCGGCGCCAGCUUCGGCGUGAUUAUUUCCUACAAGAUAAAGCUCGUCGCCGUGCCGGCGACGGUCACGGUUUUCCGCCUCGAGAAAUACGCGGCGGAUAACGCAACCGACGUCGUUUUCCAGUACCAGCAGAUCGCCGACAAAGUCGACGACCGCCUCUUCAUCAGAACCCUCCUCCAGCCGAUCACCCGCAACAAGCAGCGCAGCGUCCGCGCCACCUUCAUCGGGCUUUUCCUCGGCGGCGCCGACGAUCUCCUCCCGAUCACCGACGCCCAAUUCCCGAAAUUAGGGCUCAGAAAAUCCGACUGCCGCGAAAUGUCGUGGAUAGACUCCGUCCUCUUCUGGGGGAAUUUCGACAACACCACCUCCCCCGCCGCGCUGCUGAGCAGAACUCCGGAUUCCGUCAACUUCCUGAAGCGCAAAUCCGACUACGUGAAAAAGCCGAUCUCAAUCUCCGGCCUCGAGAAAAUCUUCAAGAAGAUGGUGGAACUCGGCAAAGUGGGGCUGGUUUUCAACGCCUACGGCGGGAGGAUGGCGGAGAUUCCGGAAUCCGAGACGCCGUUUCCUCACCGCGCCGGCAACAUAUUCAAGAUUCAGUAUUCCGUUAACUGGGACGAGGAAGGCGCGGCGGCGGACAAGAACUACAUGGAUCAGAUACGGUCGCUCUACAGUUUCAUGGCGCCGUACGUUUCGAAGAAUCCGAGGGAGGCUUAUCUGAAUUACAGAGACUUGGACAUCGGAACCACCGACAACGGUGAGAACAGUUACAGUGACGGAAAAGUCUACGGCGUGAAAUAUUUCAAGAGCAAUUUCGAUAGGCUGGUCAAGGUGAAGACGGCCGUUGAUCCCGACAACGUUUUCAGGAAUGAGCAGAGUAUUCCGGUUUUGCCCUUUCGCGGGGGAAGGAAAACGAGGAAAUAGAGGGGUAAAUUUGGAAGCGCCGCAGUUUAUAUUGUUAGUAUUAUCCCAGUUGCUCGCCUGCAUUUCGUUAUAGUAGAAUUUUUUUGUAUAAUCAUUAUUUAUAUUGCCGUCGUAAUACUUUUAAAUUUUUCAUACUACUUUUCCUAAGUUUUUAGUUCAAUGAAAUUUAAGGAGUCGGAUAUAUAUAUGGUGGUAUCUUGUUUUAAGUGUGUGGAACAUAACAUGUCCACGCCUUUUGAGGUUUGAUAUGUGGGGUAUAGCUUUUUACUUCUCUUAAGAUAUAUUAUUGUAUUGACUUUAAUAUAGUAACGUUGUGGUUUGUAAACUA